CAGCAAACACAAGAAGACAACAUGAGGUCUGCAACCACUUUGUUAAUAUUGGCGAUAUUCUGCCAUUGUGGAAACGCAUUUUAUGUGACAUGUGGGACAUUCAAAGGAUACCAGCGCGAGACGCAUGCUUCUCUGAUUUCAAUGAAUUCCAGGGUGUCGACUGCUUAUAGUAUUGGGUUGUGCGGGAAGAUUAAAGCCUUUGAAGUAGCGGGACAAGUUGGCACGAUAAAAGCUUCAGUCGAUAAGAUCGGAGCAAAAGCAAACAGCGCUGAGAAAGCUGUGGCAAGCAUGAAGGGGAGCGUCAACUCUGCUGUGAAUACAGCUAACAGCGCAAACAGCAAAGCCAACUCCGCAAUGUCGGUUGCAAACCAGCAGAAGAGCAAAGUGGAGCAACUACAAAGGGAAGUUAGGGGAUUGAGGAGCGAGAACAACCAGCUCAAGUCACAAAUCAACGAAGCUAAAGACAUGAUCCGAUCUUUGUCCUCACAGAUAAGUUCGUUGAGAAGUGAUUUCUCUCAGUUGAAGAAGAGAACUGAUGGUCAGGACGGUGAGAUCUCAAGCUUGCAUAGAAGGAACAGGGAGCAGGAUUCCAGGAUGAAUGGAAUCGAUGCAAAGAAUAAUCAACAAGAUAACGACAUCAGUUCUUUGAAGGCUGUGAACAAUCAACAGAACGGGAAGAUCUCAGGUCUAGAGGCAAGGAACAAUGAACAAGACCAGAGGUUGGGUGAUCUUCAUCAGAAGAAUGAAGAUCAAGAUGAUGAGAUCUCUCAAGUGAAAACCAAGAACAACCAGCAAGAUGGUUUGAUCACCAAGAAUGCUGAGGAGAACAAGGAGCAAAACAAGAAGAUCAAGGAAGCAACAGAGAAGAUUGAGGAGCAAACCUCCACCAUCCGUAAACUUGGUGAAGGUUUGGUUGCCCUUGAAAAGAAGAUAGUUGAAACCAUUGGUUCAAAAGUUGAAAAGUUGGUUUCGACAUUAAACAAAUGUUGCUUCUCCAAAGACAUGUUCUUGUGUAUGUUUGGUAUAGAUUUAUAAAGUGUUUAAUAUUAUAGGGGUGUGCUUUUAGUUUAAAUAGUGAAGGUGAAUAUACUUUAUGUUUAACGUCCAGGUAUAACACCUCAUGAAUCUUGCCUUUCCUUGAUAUGCAAAUAAAUAUACUGAACGAA